GCUUAACCUCAGUAUAAGCUUGAGAUAUGAAUAUUUAUUAGAAAUGGAUGAUAAAGAGACAGAAGAGGAGAGGUGGUCGUCAGUUGUUUCGUUAUUGUUUUGUGAGAAAUCACUAUCAUUAUUUAAUGAGAAGGAGAAAGAAAGAAGGGUUAAAUUGGAAGAUAUGAAUGAGAAAAAUGAAGAAAAAGAAGUUGGAUGGGUUGAAAUAGCGGAGGAAUUGAAUAGGAGGGAACCAUUGAUUUCACCGGAAAGAUUGAGUUGUCCAGGAUCGCCUAUAACGACGAUUUUAGAAGUGGAUGAUUAUGAGAAAUAUGGAUAUAAUCCACUUUCUGAAGCGAUGAAGUAUAUUCAUUGUAAAAAUUGUGGGAGAGUGGUUUUGCAAAAUGUUUUUUAUAAACAUGCAAAAGUAUGUAAUCAGUCUCAAGAUGUUUCAUCAUCUACAUCGAGGGAAGUAUAUGAAAAGACUAUGGUAGAGUUGCAAAAUGUAUCUAUGAAACGAUCGAAGAAGAGGCAACAUUCUGAUGAAGAUUCGGAUACAUCUACGGUGAAUGAUGCGAAUAAAUCAUUGAAGGUGGAAAAAUAUGAUUAUAAAGACAAAAAUGAACUUAAAAAGCUUAAAUCGAAGAAUAUUCUUAUUAAGCAAAAAGCAUCUAUUGAUCUAGAAAAACAAUGUGGAGUUUUGCUUCCAAAUGGUAAUUUAUGUUCCCGUUCUCUUACAUGUAAAUCGCAUUCUAUGAGCGCAAAACGUUCUGUUCCUGGUAGAUCUAGACCUUAUGAUAUUUUGUUGGUCCAUUAUCAAAAGAAAAACAAAAUUAAACAGCAAAAAGCAGCAACGAUGUCAUCUUUUGUUUUCGAUGAUUAUGCAUCAGAUGCAAGACAAGUUGAUUCUGAUGAAGAAGUUACUUUGGUUAUGGAAUCGAUUUUAUGUAGUACUCCUUCUCCAUUAGAGAGAAAAGUUAUGGUUCCAGUACGUAAAAAACGUCGAUUUUUUCGUUUUCAAGAAAUGCUUUCUGUUGCUCUCUGUCAAGGUCAAUGGCCUGGAAAAAUUCAAGGCUCUGUUACUGGAAUUCUUGGAAGAGUUAUUCCAUUUCAUGUUAAUUCUGAUUGGAAAACUGAUGAAAAUACUCAAUCUUCUUUAUGACAAUUUUACACUUAUAUUUUUCCUAUUGAAAAUUACAUACGAACUA